AUGGAGAGUGAAACGCCAAGACAGAUGAGAAAAGUUCGUCGUAAUAUAUUCCAUCGGGUUGGAAUGAGAUUAGGAAAACUCGAAGAAAGUCUUGGUAUGCCAAGUCCAGAUUCAUCUCGUAAUUCACAAUUAUCAUUAAGUGAUACUUCUUCGAAUUAUCAGUGGGAAAAUGCAGAAGAUUAUGAUGAAGAAGGUGAUAAUGUAUCAAUACAAUCUGUGCCUUAUUCUCAUUCGAACACUCCAAGAGUGGAGUUUCAUCAUUCAACUAAUCAAUUAACUCAGUCGCAAUCGGAUGUUGUAAUGAACGGUACGAGCUCUGACGGUUCCUGGCAAACCCACAAAGAAGAACAGGUGAAGCUCACUUUCAAACAUCAAACUGGUUACGAUGAUAACGAAACGGAGAUGAUUUGUAAAGAUUUAAUGGAAAAUAAACCAGCUCGAUUAUAUGAAUGUCGAGAUUAUGAUAAAAAAGUAUCACUUCUACGUAUGGCUAUUUCGUUUAAUUCGCCAAAAGUUACUGUCCCGGUUUUACUAUUUCUUGAAAAUACAUUGUCAAAACCAAUAUUUUAUGAACUCAUCAAAAAACAUCCAUCAGCAAUAAAAAAUUAUCUUAAUACAACGAAAUCACGGGUUGACAAUGAUUAUUACAUCGCCAUGCUAAAGCAAUUUGGUAAAAACCAAGAUGUCGGUAUGAUACGCAUCCGGCAAGCAAGUGAAAUCAAAGAUAUCAAUAAUAAAAUUUCUCUAUUAGAACAAGCGGCAAUUGAAACAAAUUCGCAUCCUUGGUGGAAUUUACAAAUAAUUGAAUAUCAACAUUUACUUCGUAAACAACGAGAAUUACAAAAAUCUAAUUCUUCUUCACAAUCAAAUGUUCGCCUUGAAAAUAGAACUCUACUUGACACAUAUAAAAUACUAUUUGAUAUCGAUUUUCGACGACAAAAAUAUACUCGACAUCCCGAUAAAACGGCUGUCGAACAUAGUAAAGAACUCGAAACAGCAUUUCAAAUGUCUCCAGAAAUGAUCAUGUGUGGUAAAUUAUCAGCAAUAAUGCAAUGUGGUUUACGAAUGCAUUAUGAAGAUUUUAUUCAUCAAGCAAUGCAUCAGGCUAUUUUUAGUCGAAAAUAUGUUAUACCACCAGAAAAUUUUGCUGAUAUGGUCUUUAAUUGGGUUAGAUUAAGUGGAGAAGGGCAAGAGAAAGCAAGUGAAAAAACAGAAAGAUUUCUUAAUAUGAUUCUAAGUCCAAUGCGACGAAUUUAUUACGCAGAAAAAUUUCAAAAUUACGAUGUUGCCAUGGAUACUAUUGCCAAUGUUCUUCGUGACCGAGUGCAGUUAGAAAAUUUACGUAGACGUAUACCACGUGAUCAUGCAUCGUUUAAUCGAGCUACGUCAUUGCUAGAAAAUUCAAAAUGGAAAAAUUAA